UAAAUGUGUGAUGUGGCAAAUAAAAAAUAAUUAAAAAUAAAAUAAAAUUUUUAAAAAUUACACAUCAUUAUUAAAAAAAAAUUAUAAUUAUAAAAAUAAAAAAAAAGAAUGAUGUGUUUCCCCCCCUUUUUUUCUUUUCAGUUCCUCUCCUUGCCGGAUUCAGACCCAUUUUGGAUUAGUGUACAGAGAUUUUGCUGCCAAACUUCUUGUUUAACCCUUUUGGAUUGUGGGUUUUCCAGCCGAGGUGAGAUUGCCGCGGUUCGAGAUCUCGAAUCAGGAACCUGCUGCUGCUGCUGCGAUGACCACGGCCAACGGCGGCGAGGUUCGCUCUUCCGCGGCCAACGGCGGAACCAAGCCGUUCAAGAUCUUCGUCGGCUACGAUCCGCGCGAAGAUCUCGCGUACAAGGUCUGCCGGCACUCCAUCCUCAAGAGAUCUUCAAUCCCCGUCGAGAUCCAUCCGAUCAUCCAGUCCGACCUCCGGAAGGGCGGCCUGUACUGUCGAACCGCGGCAAUCUCACCUCGGCUGAAUGCAAUACAGCAAAACAAAACAAAAAGUCAGAGAAAGCAAAAGCACAAUGUCGGCCGAACGGUAAUCGCCAAAUCGGUGGUUCGGAUUCAAGAUUUUCCUCCGGAUUGAAACUAACAAAUAAACUCGGAUAUGGAAAAUGAAGGGCGAGAAGUUAGAAGUGAAAGGAAGCUAGAUCCAUGGCGGAUUGGCGGGGAGACAAUAAUGCAGCAGAGACAGAGGAGGAUAGGAGUACCUGGAGAAGCGGAAUGAUCUGUAAUUUUUAAAAAUUUAAUUUUUAUUUUUUAAUUAUUUUUUAUUUGCCACGUCACACAUUUAACGGUCAACUGUCAGAGUUGACUGCCACGUCAG